AUGCCAACCAUAGCCCCCCACCCAGUUGCCACAGAGCCUGCCUCUCCGGCUCCGACCGGCUCUUCGCUCGCAGCCCUCUUUCUCACCUCUAAGAAAGCACUCCUCCACGGAAACAAUAUCUGCAACCAUGCCAGCACACUUACCGCGGGCUCAAGCAACUUGACAGUCGACAUUCUAACGCUCGACGCCAAACUUCAGUGGCUGACUCGUAAUGUUGCUGACCAACUAAAGGCUGCCAAUAGCGUUGCCAAAUAUCUUGAAUCCGAGAGGGACCGCGCCCACUCAGCCGCCAAGGAGUGGGAUCGUGCACGUUCCCGCCGUACACGAUCGCUGGAUGCCAUUUUGGAGCAACUGGGGAAUCAGGCUGUCCCUCCGUCCCUCCAUAAAACAGUAGCUGGCUCUUCAAUAUUCGGCAGUCCCCGCUCCGACACCGGAAGGCAGUUGCCCGAUACCCCACAGACUGAGAUCAAUGACAAGGCAUCUUUGGGUGCCAGUGGUCUUAAUCAAGAAAGUGAUCAAACGGUUCAAGAGAGGAGCAGGUGGAAAACUCUGCGAGAUUUCAUUGACGAACGCUCAAUCGAGGAAGCCCUCGAAAGAAUUGAAGAUGAGCGUUUACGGCUUGACGAUAGCCUUGCUAGGAGUUACGAUUUCCCGCAAGCCCUAGAUGAACAGAUAUCAGCUGUUCGGAACGCGCUUCCGCGGCUCUCUGCCGAACCUAUCUUACAUGAAGUGCAUCGCCAUAUGACCGAACAAGAUAGGCUUGUUCACGCUAUGGCCGAAGAUCUUGAAGGUAUUGCGAGGCAUUUUGGACAAGUCAAAGAUGCUUUGCAAGUCGAGGAUGACGGCGGCGUUAUUAACAUGGAUGAUAUCCGAAGUGAGGCCAACAUAUGGUUUCCAUUUGAGCGUAAACUUACAUGUGAUGGGAUAGCCCUGGAUCAAGAUACGAACGAACUGUCGGCUGUAGUUCGUGACCUCGAUCAGUCAGGGGGGUCUGUUGAGGAUUUGCACGAACAGCUUUCCACUAUCAAGGCAUCUAAACUUCAAGAUCUUGAGACCCACCAGACGAUUUUGACUAAACUGGAGGAUUUGGAAGAGAUGAUGAUGGCUAUGCUAGCCGAACAGGACGCUGUUCACCAUGAAGCUAAUUCUUUGUUGGAAACACUGAAUUCUCGGCUAGUAGAACUCGAGAACUUAGAAGCAGCUUACCUCGCGUACCGGCGGUCUUACGCGCGACUUUUACAGGAAAUGGCUAGGCGGGAACGUUACCGGGCGGAAAUGGAGGAAAUGGUUCAUGGAAUGGUAGAGCGGCUUGAGCGAUACCGAGAUGAAGAGACACAACGACGCCACGAGUUUUUCACGCAAGAGGGCGAAUUUAUUCCAGAAGACUUAUGUCCGUUUGUAACCGAUCCCCCCGCACGUUGGUCAUUUGCGAACACCGGAGAAGAUGAUGGGCGUGUUAUUGCAGAAGGAUUGUUGGAAGAAGCCCGCCGUAUUUUAGAGGACACCUGA